ACGGCCUCUGCCCUCUUCCUCCCACCUCGCCCACUCCUCGUGCCCCGGCUGCGCAAUAGAAUCAGCAACGUAAAUCCCGCCCGCCGCUUCUGUUUCCCAAACACCACCCACAUUCCGAGCCUCGUCCACAAUGUCCGCUGACAAGGAAUUCACCUACUCCGAUGUUUCGGAACACAACACCAAGAAGGAUCUGUACAUUGUUGUGCACGACAAGGUCUACAAUGCAUCAAGCUUCGUAGACGAGCACCCAGGUGGUGAAGAGGUUCUGCUCGAUGUUGGAGGUCAAGAUUCGACCGAGGCAUUCGAGGAUGUCGGCCACUCAGACGAGGCUCGCGAGAUUCUCGAGGGCUUGCUCGUUGGUAAGCUGAAGCGCCAGGCGGGUGACCCAAAGCCCAAGAGCUACGCACCCUCUGGAUCCACGGCUACCCCCACCGAUGGUGCCUCGACUGGUGUCGGUCUUUACGCCGUCAUCCUCCUUGGUGGUGUCCUUGCCUUUGCUGCUUACACCUUUAUGAACAAGCAGUCAACUGAGUAGAGAGAAAGAGGCAUAGAAGAAAAAGAAAAGACUUCUUUCGGCAACUACGUACGCGAACAAGUCAAGAUCACAGUGUUCGAAAGAAAGGGAAAGGAGUAAUCAUUUACCAAGGCAUAACUUCAUACCUUGAGGCUAGACGGGAAAUGGGGAAAUCCCUUCAUGGCUCGGUAUGAUGGAAGCAGAUAUGUAGUCGGGGGGAAAGGGUUGUGGGAUCUUUUUUUUCCUUCUCUCCUUCUCUCUUGCUGGCAACAUAUGGGAUCAGCUAGAUAACCAUGUUAGAGACGGAUUGAACUUUUUUUUUUCUCUUGACUCUUGACUGGUUUGGGUGAUGACGUGUAUGUUAAUUGCUGAUUUUUGAGGGGGCGUGUGUGUAGGUAGGACUUUGUUGAAACUGG